CAACAGUCAGUCAUGCGGCAUUGCCGGCAAAAGUCCUUAUAGCCAUACAGCCAUGGCCAGGCUCAGUUUACCCCGAGCGCAAUAAUAGCCUGAUUGCAAAAUUUAGCAUGAAUCCCCCACAUCUGUGUCCUGACGAUGUGGGGAAAUCUUCCAGACGGUCAGAAUGCGUUUGUAUAUGAGUGAAGCAGGGGUCCAGAAUCUCAGGCUUGCUCUCCAUGGAGUCAUCGACAAGGCUAUUGCAGCAUGAGGGGUUUUGCAUACACUUCGCUGGCUUUAGCUUCUAUAUGGUCGCUGACAGCGGCUGAAGAUGGAUACAAUGGCUGGCUUCGAUACGCACCAAUUCCAUGCGAUCUCAGCUGUCUGCAAGCUUUACCGUCGCACGUUGUGUUGCUGAAUAGCACCAGAGGGAAUCCAAUCGAGACUGCGGGGCGGGAACUCAAGGCAGGCUUCCAAUCCAUUCUUUCAAAGAACCUGUCAUCUCUGCCUCUACAAUGUGAUAGUCCUGCAUCAAUACUGGUGGCUACCGUUGACGAAUACCGACAACGAUGCAACGGCAACAUCACCGUACCCGCGCUCGAUGACGAUGGCUUCUGGUUACAAUCCCGAGGUGAUACUGUUCGAAUCCUAGGCCAGAAUGACCGAGGCGCCCUGUACGGAGCAUACGAAUAUCUAUCCAUGGUAGCGCAGCGCAAUUUUUCUCACGUCGCUUAUGCCAGCAGCCCGCACGCUCCGAUCCGUUGGGUGAACCAGUGGGAUAACAUGGACGGAAGCAUUGAAAGAGGUUACGGUGGAGCGUCCAUAUUUUUUGAGAACGGCACAGUGGUCGAUGACUUGGCACCAGUUGAGCAGUAUGCUAGAUUGCUUGCAUCUAUUCGGGUCAAUGCAAUUGUCGUCAACAACGUCAAUGCCAACGCAACUCUACUCUUACCAGAAAACAUGAAGGGCCUGGCCCGGAUAGCAGAUACCUGUCGACCAUACGGCGUGCAGAUUGGCAUAUCCCUCAACUUUGCUUCUCCUGAAGACGUGGGUAGCCUCGACACUUACGAUCCCCUCGAUUCUGGUGUCAUUGCAUGGUGGCAGAAUAUCACCGACAGCCUGUAUACUUACGUCCCGGACAUGGCUGGAUACCUUGUCAAAGCAGACUCCGAGGGCCAGCCAGGCCCUGACACGUACAAUCGCACAUUGGCACAGGGGGCCAACCUUUUUGCGCGGGCCCUACAGCCACAUGGUGGUGUGCUUAUGUUCCGUGCCUUUGUUUAUGAUGACAACCUAAAUGAAUCAGACUGGAAGGCCGAUCGUGCCAAGGCUGCAGUGGAGUACUUCAAGGACUUAGACGGGCAAUUCGAAGAGAAUGUUGUGGUACAGAUCAAGUAUGGCCCGAUCGACUUUCAAGUGCGUGAGCCUACAUCACCCCUUUUUGCCAACCUCUAUCACACCAAUACGGCCAUUGAGCUGGAGGUCAGCCAGGAGUAUUUGGGCCAGCAAUGCCAUCUAGUGUACUUACCUCCGCUCUGGAAGACUGUUUUGGAUUUCGACUUGCGUGUGGAUCACCAGCCGUCAGUGGUUCGCGACAUUAUUUCUGGAGAGCGAUUUAACCGAUCACUCGGGGGCUGGGCUGCGGUUGUCAACGUUGGUACUAACAGGACCUGGUUGGGUAGCCACCUUGCAAUGUCCAAUCUCUAUGCAUACGGCCGUCUGGCUUGGAGCCCAACAGAUGAUUCCGAGCAGAUUCUUCAAGACUGGACUCGCCUCACAUUCGGUCAAUCUCAUCAGGUAGUCGACACGAUUACUGAUAUGUCCAUGGCUUCCUGGCCAGCCUACGAGAACUACACAGGUAACCUGGGCAUACAGACUCUGACCGAUAUUCUGUAUACACACUAUGGUCCGAAUCCAGCUACACAAGAUAACAACGGUUGGGGUCAAUGGACGCGUGCCGACCACCUUUCAGUCGGCAUGGAUCGGACAGUCGGGAACGGCACUGGUUAUACCGGUCAAUACCCAGAGGAGGUAGCGCGCGUAUACGAGUCAUUGGAAGCCACGCCAGAUGAUCUCGUCCUGUGGUUCCACCAUGUGCCAUGGAACCAUCGGCUGCAUUCCGGAGAGACUGUUAUUCAGCAUUUCUACAACGCUCACUAUGCGGGGGCAGAAACUGCGCAAGGAUUUAUCAGCCAGUGGGAAUCUUUGAAGGGUUUGAUAGAUCAGGAGCGAUACGAAGCCAUGGGGACGCGACUCGUCUAUCAGGCAGGACAUUCUAUAGUCUGGCGCGAUGCCAUUGUCAACUUCUACUACAACAUGACGGGGAUUCCCGAUGUUUAUGGACGCGUCGGUCACCACCCCUGGCGCAUCGAAGCCGAGAGCAUGGCGUUGGACGGCUACGAACUGUACACAGUUAGCCCAUUUGAGGCUGCUUCCAACACCACAGCAAUUGUCACUACGUCUAACUCGACCACAGGGGUAGCUAGGACAACGCUUCAAGCUCCAUCCGGAACAUACGACAUAGGCGUGAACUACUAUGACCUUUAUGGCGGGCAAUCCCACUGGACAUUGUCGGUGAAUGGCAAUGUGGUUGGUCAAUGGCUUGGGGACAUGGAUCAUCAUUCUCUCGGUCACACCCCGUCUAUUUAUCUGGACGGCCACUCGGCCACUCGAGUUACGUUCAAAGGGAUAGAGAUCCAGCAAGGAGAUGAGUUGAAGAUUGUUGGUCAAGCAAAUGGAGUCGAGCCUGCACCGGUGGAUUACGUAGUUCUGCUUCCUCCAGGUGUGAUCGAUUAAUGCCUGCUCUUUACAAGACAUGGAGUUUCCUCCACCCACUAGAUACGAUGCUCAAGAAUAUAUGUGGAAGGUAAUUCAUGAAGUGUUCCCUGCUGAUAAUAGUUUAUGUUGUUGGCGGUGAAAUACUCCAGUUCUCCAAGCGCAG